AUGUUGAUCUGCUUGGUCGGUAAAUGGUUGCCACGGGAAAUCGAUGUGAAGAAAUUGAACAUAGUAUUUGUGAUUUUAAUUGUGAUCUGUGGCUGGUUAGUAUUCAGAUGGUGGCGAGUCCAGAGACGCUGCCUGAAGCAUCUGGCGGAAAUUCCUGGUCCAUUUGCUCUUCCAUUAAUUGGAAAUUUAGCGCAGGUCAAUGUUGAUCACGAUGAAUUAUUCAGUCGCAUCGUGGGCAUGAGAUUGAUGUGGGGGACACGAGACGGCAUCAAUAAAGCGUGGCUCGGGCAAAAACCUUACGUAUUUUUAAGCAAAGCAUGUACUGUCGAGCCGAUCAUAGCCAGCAGCCGACACGUAGAUAAAAGUUACGACUAUCAAUUUCUCCAGCCUUGGCUUGGCACAGGACUGUUGACUAGUUCCGGGGCGAAGUGGCGCUCUCGACGCAAGAUCCUGACGCCAACGUUCCACUUCAACAUCCUCGAGGGCUUCGUGCAGGUCUUCGGCGAGCAGACGGAGGUCCUGGUGAGAAAAAUGGGUGCCGAGCUCGGCAAGCCCUCGUUCAACGUCUUCCCCUACGUGACCCUCUGCACCCUCGACAUAAUCUGCGAGACGGCGAUGGGACAGCGUAUCUCGGCGCAGAGCCACUCGGACAGCGAUUACGUACGAGCAGUCUAUGAUAUAGGAAGCAUAAUCCAGACACGACAGGCAAGUUUGUUUUAUCAGUCAAAUAUCUUCUUUCGAUUUUCUUCAUUGUACAAAAAGCACCAACAAUGCAUUCGGACAUUGCAUGAUUUUUCGAACAAGGUUAUAACGGAAAGACGGAAAGAAAUUCUAGAAAAUGCUGAAGAUGCAGAUAGAAACGAAGUGACCAAGAGGUUAGCAUUCUUAGAUUUACUUAUCAAAGUUUCUGAAAAUGGAUCCGUUCUGUCGGAUACUGAUAUUAGAGAAGAAGUUGAUACAUUUAUGUUCGAGGGUCACGAUACGACAUCAUCUGCGGUAUGUUGGACAUUAUAUUUGCUCGGAUGUCAUCCAGAAUUUCAGCACAAAGUAUUUAAUGAAUUAGAUAGUAUAUUUUCCGAAGGAAUAUAUGAUAGAAGACCUACAUUGCGCGACCUCAAAGGCAUGAAGUAUUUGGAUAAAUGUAUUAAGGAAGCUCUACGCUUAUAUCCUAGUGUACCAAUUUUAGGAAGAAAAGUAUCAAAAGAUAUUCAAAUAGGCAAAUAUACAGUGCCUAAAGGAACCACAGCUCUAGUCGUUCUUCCAGUUCUGCAUCGAGAUCCAGAAGUUUUUCAAAAUCCAGAAAAAUAUGAUCCAGAAAGAUUUUCAUAUGAAAACACGAUUGGACGUCAUCCUUAUGCAUAUAUUCCAUUCAGUGCAGGACCCAGAAAUUGUAUAGGUCAGAAAUUUGCAUUAUUAGAAGAAAAAGUACUAAUUUCAGGAGUAUUGAGAAAAUACAGAUUGGAAGCAACGGAACGUCGCGAAGAUAUCACAACGACAGCCGAACUUGUCAUUCGUGCGAAAAAUGGUCUUCAUAUAAGAAUUCACCCGCGAUUCACUUAAAUAAUUAUAAUAAUUUUAUUUAUUUUGUUUGA